AUGGAAUCUGAAACCACGCCCACCACCUUUGAGACGAACGCCACCUCAUCAUUCACGGAUAUCGAAAGUGAUUCCACCGUGUCGGAGACUGAGACCACGAUCACUACCAUGGGAUCGGAAAGUACGCCAACCAUUACUGAAACAGAUACUACCUUCACGGCCAGAGAUACGGAAAUCACGCCAACCGCCACUGAGACCGAUUCCACGUUCUCGGCUACGGAAUCUGAAACCACGCUUACCAGCUUUGAGACGGACGCCACCUCAUCAUUCACGGAUACCGAAAGUGAUUCCACCGUGUCGGAGACUGAUACCACGAUCACUACCACGGGAUCGGAAAGUACGCCAACCAUUACUGAAACAGAUACUACUUUCAGGGCCACUGAUUCGGAAAUCACGCCCACCGCCACUGAGACCGAUUCCACGUUCUCUGCAUCGGAAUCUGAAACCACGCCCACCACCUUUGAGACGGACGCCACCUCAUCAUUCACGGAUACCGAAAGUGAUUCCACCGUGUCGGAGACUGAUACCACGAUCACUACCACGGGAUCGGAAAGUACGCCAACCAUUACUGAAACAGAUACUACCUUCACGGCCACAGAUACGGAAAUCACGCCCACCGCCACUGAGACGGACGUCACCUCUUCUUUCACAGAAGCGGAUAGUCCUUCUAUUUCCAGCGAUGCGUGGACUUUCCCCACUACUGAAUCUGGAAGCACGGCCACCGCCACUGUGACCGAUUCCACGUUCUCGGCAACGGAAUCUGAAACCACGCCGACGGGCUUGGAGACUGAGACCCCCUUAAUACACACGGAUACUGACAGUGCUUCUAUCUCAACGGAGUCUGGGACUACGAUCACCACCACGGAUUAUGAAAGCAUGUCAAACAGUCUGGAUGCGGAUACCACGAUCACGGCCAUGGAAUAUGAAUCUACGCCGACCGCCACUGUGACAGAAAGCACGUUUUUUGAUACAGAAUCCGAAAGCACAGUGACUUCCGUGGAGACCGAUAUCACGUUAACUUCCUGGGAUACUGAAAGUAGUUAUAUUACGGUGACCGUUGUAGACACUGUUCCCACCUCACCACCAAGUCUGAAUGAUAGUGAUGUCACUAGUGACUCAUUAAUUGUCGCGUUGAUUAUUGGAUUGGCGUCGGGGUUCACAGUAAUCCUCGCCCUCACAUUUUUUGUUAUUUACCGUUUAAAGUAUCGUCUAGGGAAUGAUGGUAACAGAAGUCAGUUGGAGGAAGGGAUUUUUGAAGCCCGGAACCCCUUCUUUCCUUUGGGUGUUAGUUUAAGGGACAAUCCGAUGGUUGUUAUCCCUCGUGCUCAAAUUCAUCCCCCUAUGGGGACGCUGUAGGUCCGUGGUUGGAAAAAUUAUCGACCUCAAAAAAUUCAUGUUACCUUUUUUUUACCCCUUGCCUUUUUUGAUCAUUCCGUUUCUUUAAUUUUGGCGCUCCACAUUGUAUCCC